AGUAUCGGUAUGUGACACGCACGAUAUAACCGAGAGCUUGCCAGCGGUAAGUCAAAGGUGUAUGUAAGAUAACAUAAUAAGGAAGAAAGAAAAUAGAAAGAGGCAAUAAAGGCAGAAGUGAACAAAAUAUUUUAGCUUUAUAUUUUAUAUUCAUGGCGAAAAACUGCUUCGUCCGUCACCAGAUAUCGGCUCGAAAAUCUAUUGGCAACGAUGAAGUUGACUACGACAAAAUGUGAAAGCAUUUAAUAGUACCUAAUUGUAUGAAACUACUUGUCAAACGAUAUCAUGUAGUUAUCGUCCAAUGUGAAUACGUCCAAUCUUGAGAUAUAUCUGGAAGACAAAAAAAACGAAUUUCGAUUCCAAAAAAAUCGAUUUUGACGAAAAAUUCGAUCAUACUUGACUCUUAUCUGAUAAUACUCUCUCCCCCCCCCCCCCUUGCUAUUUUGUUUGUUUGUUUCUAGGUUACAAACAGAAUUUGAAAAUGAAAAGAAAAUCGAGUUUGAUCGAAGUUUGUUGUGAAGUCGAUAAUACCACUAACAGUUUCGAGAAGAAAUUAAAAGCGAAUUUUGCUAAAAACUACGGUCAAAGUGUCAAUAUGUAUAAAAACACUAGUUGGUACAGAGCUUUGAUGGAUGCAGAAAAAUCAUGUUUGAAAGAAGAUAAAAUAAAAAAGCUUCACUAUAAGUUUGAUGAUGACAAAGAAAUGGUAGAGGAGUAUAAUGUAGACACUCAGGUUUUAUUGCGACGGGCUUGGAAAGUCAAAAGAAAACUUGGUGGAGAGGGACAAUGGUCUGUAGAAAUUGGUGAUCCAAUCCCAAAUGAUCAAUCAUCUAUAGAAACAGUUGAUAUUGUAGAAAGUAAAGAUCAGCCGAUUGUUACUCGAAGGAACACCCGUAUUAAUUUGGAAUGGCGCAUUAGAAACUUACCCUAUCCUAUUGAAACUUAUUCUAUAAGUGCCAACAACAAUGAUAAAUGUAUUACAGUACGAACAACAAACAAAAAAUAUUUCAAGAAAUUAAAAGUUCCUGAACUGGAGAGGCUCAACAUCCCUCUGGAACAAGCUAAUAUAUCUUCUACUCAUCAGUAUCAGACUCUUAUUAUAAUGUAUAAAAAGCCAACGCAGCUCUUAGAAAUGGAAAAAGAUUGGUAUGAAGAACUGAAAAAGGUGAAACCUAUCAAAGAUAUACCUAGUGACUGUAAAACACAAUGAAUAUUGACGAUAAAGUAUCAUGAACACUAUGUGUCUUUAUUGAUACCUAUUAUGGUGGUUUUUAAAACUUUGUUGAUGUCUUACUUUACUUGAAAUAAUAAAACAGCUCUUAAGUUGUUUAAUUUGAGAUUUAAUAGUGUAUUUAUGUUUGGUACAAUUAUGAAACAGAGGUCAUGAUGUCCAUAAUGAAUGUAUGUCCAGAAAUAUUAGGAACCAAACGAUAAUAAAUUGUUAUAUC